AUGGGUGAUGCCUUGGACAAAGCAGGUCGCAGUAGCCGCAGCCGGAGCCGAAAGCGGAAGGAAAAGGAUAAGAAAGAUCAAAAGGAGAAAAAGGAUAAGGAGAAAGACAAGGAGAAAGACAAGAAGGUUAAGAAGGACAAAAAAGACAAGGCAAAGGCAAAAGAGAAAGAGAAGGACAAGGAGAAGGAGAAGGAUAAGGAGAAGGACAAGGAGAAAGACAAGGAGAAGAAGGCCAAGAAAGACAAGAAGCGGUGA